GCUCUCCCUCAAUCUGAUACAUAAUAUUGCUCAAAUUUCCUCUGGAUUAUGAGUAACGAUGACCACCACUCCCAACAUUGAAGGCAUCAUGCUCUUUGAGCAGCCGUUCGCCAGGGUCCCGUACGAGAACUAUCGCAAGGUGUUCCGGGUGACGCAAAAGAAUAUCGAGAAGGAACUUGGGACACUGCAAACCGCGGCCGCGGACCUCGUGCGCAAGGCACAGACGGGCGCCGUCGCCCAGGAGGACGCCUCGAAGGCGGUGGAGGCCAUGCUGAAGCGAACAGAGAACCUGAGCGCAAGGUGCCUCGGCGACCUCCAGAAGAACGCGGGCACGCCGACGCUCGAAGUGAUGCGCGAACGCCUCGAGCUGCUGGCAUCAGUCGAGUCGGUGCAGUCGGCUGCCUCGCCAGAGUUCGAUCGUUGGGCGGACACCAGGCUCGAUCGCUGGCUGACGGACUGGGCACUGCGUUCGGGAAAGGAGCGGACAGCCAGGAAGCUGGCCCAGGCUCGCGGCAUAGAGCGCCUAGUCGACCUUGAGUUGUUCUCGGAAAUACGGCGGGUGGAGGAGGCGUUGAAGAAGCACAGCUGCGCCGAAGCACUUGCGUGGUGUAGCGAGAACAAGGCCGCGUUGCGCAAAGUCAAGAAUCCCCUGGAAUUUGAAUUGCGCCUUCAGGAAUUUAUUGAACUUGCCCGGGAUCGAAAGCUCAUGGAAGCAAUUGCAUAUCAGAAGAAGCAUCUCAUACAGUGGCAGGAGACCCAUUCGGUGCAGAUUCAGCAGGCGUCGGCUUUGCUCGCCUUCACCCCUGCUACAGCGUUUGGGCCGUACAAACGACUCUACGAUCUUGCUCGAUGGGACAACCUGGUACAAUCCUUCCGCCUGGCCAUCUACAAUCUCAGCACACUACCGACAGAACCUCUGCUCUACCUCGCCAUGUAUGCUGGCUUGGCAUCCCUCAAGCUUCCCUCCUGCUAUAUCCAUGAGACGAAGAACGUCGACUGUCCCGUCUGCGAUCCUGACCUCGGACUGCUGGCCAAGGAGGUUCCCUUUAGCCACCACGUCAACUCGACUAUUGUCUGUCGGCUGGCCGGAAAGAUCAUGGACGAGAACAACUUCCCUUUGGCAUUCCCCAAGAACGGGCAUGUCUACUCUAAAGAGGCGUUAGAAGAUAUGGCGGCGAUCAACGACGGGACGGUCACAUGUCCGCGAACGAAGGAGACAUGCCAUUUCACAGAGCUGCGGAAGGUUUUUAUUUCGUAAUGACGGUUCAGUUUGGUAACGUUCUCACGCUCUGUACGUUGCAUUGUAUCAUUACUGUACAGUAUCAUCAUAGGAUUCCAAUGCACCUCACCUACACCCAUCCCGCGAGCGUGCAGCGCGCUGCCAUCCCGCUUUGUACUCUUUCCAGGUCCAUUCCGCGUUCGAGGAAAUGUUUACUUACGUU